GCAACAAACCCCUGGUAUUGGUGCGUACGAGUAACGGGUGCGUUGGUGUACGAGUAUCCUCUGCAAAAGGGACUGAAGGUGGCGGCAGGGGCAGGAAGCCUGAGGGAGUAGUCAGUGUGUCGUGAGCCGUGGAGGGGGAGGCACACGUCUCUCUCCCGCGCUCUGCUGACCCGCCUUUAGUGCGUUCCUAGUUUGUUGUGCAGUGUGUUUCGAGGAGUCACCCCUCACGCCUGUCCCCACGUCACCAUUUUCUCUGUUCCCGGGAUGAGUGCAGAGGCGGAGUGACGAGAGGAGCGGCAGCAGCGCGGGAUGCGGAGUGCCGGGCAGGGACGACGGCCUGACUAUGAUGGCUCGAGAUAAACACAAAGAGAGACAGGAGACUGGCAGGAAAAAGAAGUCUGUCCUGCCUCUGAAACGCAUUGAGCUUGUGACUGUGGCAUCGGGAAUGAGGUGAAUGUAAUCGAGUGCAUGUUUCCGGUGAGAAGUGUGAUAGUGGCAGUGUGAUCUAGAUAAGUGCAAAGUGAAUGCAUGGAUAAAUUACCGGUGAUAAAUGUUAGGAAGUGUAAGAAGUGAAGUGAAUAAUUUUGUUCAGGAAUGAGUGAUCGUUUCUAUAACCUCAGGACAAGAAGCACGUAAAGAAAAGGGAACAAUGAGUAAAGGUAGAAACUAUUAGUAAAAAAUUGAAAAUAAUAGAAAAAAAAGAAGUGCAUGAAGGUAACGCACGAUUAAUGGCAAAAAUAAACAAGGUCCGGGUUGUGCAGUAGAGGCUCCCCUCGCUCGGCCGAUAAUUACGACUUGUGUAAUGUAAAAUUUAUCAUCACUUCCAGCGGUGAAUAAUGCUGAUGAAAAUUGACGCUUAUGUUGGGAAGGUGAUGAAUAUCCGAGGAAAAUUAAUGCAUUCAUAAAGAAAAAUGAGAUCGCGGAUGGCAAAUUUUACCAGGGACAUUUAUACAUAUAAUUGAAAGGAAAGAAAGAACUUUUCCCGUUGAAUUGCCCCGUGAGUGAAUAUCCUCCAUGACGGACACGGCUGGAGCGACUACUUUUGCCGGGGAAAAGUAUUAGUGAACCAAAAAUUUAAUUCAAAAGACGACCCCUGGAGAGUUUAAAAUCCGAUUAUUUCCACCAACUGCAAGCCAAUAGGAUGACUUCAUGGUGGUGACGUCACAGGGCUGCUCCGCCAAUGAGAAUGAACUCCCAGUCUUUGUUGACCCUUCUGCUUUCACUCCAGAUUGGAUGGGCGGCGGCAGGACGGCAGAGGUUCCGGCAGCGGCCCGAGAGCGUGGAGGUGGUGGAGGGCGAGGACGUGCUGCUGCGCUGUGAGGUGGAGGAGCAGGAAGGCCGCGCCCAGUGGACCAAGGACGGCUUCGCGCUGGGGUUCGAGCGGGAGGUGCCGGGCUACCCUCGCUUCAGCUACCUGGGUCGGGCGUCUCUCGGUCAACACCACUUGCUCAUCAGCGGCGUGACCACCACAGAGGACGGCGAGUACCAGUGCCAGGUGGGGCCCGGCUCCUCCAACCGCCCCAUCUGGGCUGCCGCCAACGUCACCGUCCUGGUGGCGCCGCAGAGCGUGGAGAUCUCAGGGCGGAGCAAAGGGGAGGAGGUGGUGGUGGGGGACGGCAGCUCCUUAACCCUAGACUGUCUGGUGAAGGACGCACGCCCCGCCCCCACAGCUACGUGGCUCAGGGACGGCACCCCCCUACCCCCAGGGCUGGUGGACGACACGGUGGAGAAAUCCCCGCUCCCCCGCAGGUGGAGCGUCAGGAGCCGCCUGAUGCUAAGAGUGACGGCUGAGGACGACGGGCGGGUGUUAUCCUGCGAGGCCGGCCACCCAGCCAUUAGAGGGAACGCCAUCCCGAUGACCUCCGUCACCCUCUCCGUCCUCCACCCUCCGGGGCACCCCAGCAUCAGCGGGUACCGGGAGGGUGAGGUGCUGGUGGCCGGGCAGCGCGUGGCACUCAUGUGUCGGUCGCUGGGCGGCAACCCUCGACCCAACCUCAUUUGGCGGCGCCGCUCACGCCCACUGUCCCGCACUGCUACGUCCCCCUCCACUGCCAUCCUUAAGGCCUCUGCCGCCUCCACCACCACCACCGCCACCGCCACCACCAGCCGCCUGCAGCUCACCGCCGCCGCCGAGGACGAUGGGGCUGAGUACGAGUGUCGGGCUGAGAGUGACCUGCUGCAGCGACCCCUUGUGGCCAGCGUGACCCUCACCGUGUACUACGCGCCCAUGUCCGUGCGGGUGUCGGGUCCCGGCCAGGUGCUAGAGGGGGACCCCAUCACUCUCACCUGUGUCACCAACGAGUCCAACCCCCCCGCCUCUGUCAGGUGGAAAGUACAAGGUGGGGAGGCACAAAAUUACUGUAAUUCCCGUAAUGCAUGAGACAUCACAUAUCAUUUUUCUUCCGUACUUCAG